AUGGCAGAUAUUUACUUCUUCGGGUUCGGCCAUUAUGGCACCUCCACCGCAGUGGAGGAUCUUCCCCCGAUCCAGUUGGUGCAAGAAUUGAAGCCGCACGACCAUGCACAACGUCGUACGUUCGCUCGAUGGGCCCUGGAAAAGUUGGACGAAGAUCCGCUUUUUUACCGCAAAAUUGUGUUCAGUGACGAAGCGCAUUUCUGGCUUAAUGGGUAUGUAAACAAACAAAAUUGCCGCUUCUGGAGUGAGAGCAAUCCUCACGAAGUUCUCGAGACACCAUUACACCCAGAAAGAUGCACUGUGUGGUGCGGAAUACACGCCGGUGGCAUCAUCGGUCCUUAUUUCUUUAAAAAUGAGAAAAGAGCCAACAUCACAGUCAAUGGGCCGCGCUACCGUGCCAUGAUUAACAAUUUUUUUUUUCAAAACAUCGACGCCUUUGAUCCUGAAGAAUUUUGGUUCCAACAGGAUGGUGCUACGGCCCAUACAUCGGCCGCUUCAAUCAACUUAUUGAAGACUGUCUUCGGCGACCGUGUUAUUUCUCGUUUCGGCCCCGUCAAUUGGCCGCCUAGAUCGUGUGAUCUGACGCCGCCCGACUAUUUUCUGUGGGGAUAUGUCAAGUCUUUGGUCUAUGUCGAUAAGCCCAACAGUUUAGACGCUUUGGAAGCCAACAUUGAGCGUGUCAUCGACGAAAUACGGCCAGAAUUGUGCGAAAAAGUGGUCAAAAAUUGGACCGAUCGUAUGGCCUUCAUCCAGCGGAGCCGAGGUGGCCACAUGCCCGAAGUUAUAUUCAAACAAUAA